CAGGAAAAUUCUAUGCCAUCCAAAAAGAGAAUGAUGAAUAUGUUGGGCACCUAAGGGGUUGUUUCAAUGAUGUGCUUGCACGAAUGGUGGAAGAUGAGACCCUUCGAAACAAAAUUGAAGAACAAUCCAUGCUCUACGAAGAUCAACGUGGAGGCAUCUUCAAGAAUUGUAUGGCCCUCCAAACUAUGAAGUCAAAGAACCCUCUUGAUUGGUGGCGUGCGUAUGGUGGCCGAUCUAUUGACUUACAAAGAUUUGCUAAGCGUAUUGUUAGUCUUUGUGCUUCAUCAUCUGGUUGUGAGCGUAAUUGGAGCACUUUUGAAUUUAUUCAUACAAAGAAGAGAAACCGGCUAGAGCAUAAAAGAUUGAAUGAUUUGGUUUAUGUUGCCUACAAUCGGAAAAUGACUAGUAGGUUCCAAAAACGUCGUGAGGAAGCGGGUAAAAGCUAUGAUCCUUUGGUUAUGGAAGACUUUGAUUGGGAAAAUGAAUGGGUUGAUCCAACAGUCCAACCUCAAAAUUCUAGUGCUUUGGACAUCACAUGGGACCAAGUUGAUGAAGCAAUUGGUGCAUCACAUGAGCUUCGAGGUCGUAACCUUCCUAGGACCUACGCUCGUCGUGCAAGACAUAUAUCAAGAGUGGUUGAAGAAGCAAGAAUGGUUGAAGAUGAUGAGGAGGAGGGAGAGGAAGAAGACAUCAUUGUGGAUGAUGUUGAUGUUGAUGAUUUUGGUGACAAACCAAUGGAUGCUACUGAAGAUGAUGCGGAGAACAUGGAUGCUUCAAACGAUUUCGAUGAGUUUGCAUUGGACGACUUUUGAGAGAUGAGAGAUUUGAAACUUUGAAUGAUGAUUGAUGAGAGAGUGCUAUGUCUUUUGUGCUACAUUUACAUUGCUAUUUAUCUUUUGUGCUAUGUCUUUUGUGCUACAUUUACAUUGCUAUUUAUCUUUUGUGCUAUAUUUACAUUGCUAUU